CAUUUCGCAACUGUGAACGACCACCGCACUAGAAGUGGAAGAUUGAUUGCUGAGACAAUUGACAGCUGUCGCGGCUACAGCACAGUGCUGCCAGUACAUCUUAGCGGCCCUGUCGAAUCACUAGACUUCUUCGAGAUAAUCGCGCAAGCUUUCCGAAGCCAUGAGCCCUCACGCCGUACCCAUGACCGACCCAGAAGAGCGCGCACCAGCGGUCCAUGAAGCCUUCACCGGCUUCGCACCUAACGCGCUGGACGAGAGCCACUUCCCCGCUUUCGAGAACCGGUCGCACCUCCGAUAUACACCAGAAGAGGAACUACACGAUUUGGUAUGCGUAGGAUUCGGGCCAGCCUCACUAGCCAUUGCAACAGCUCUACACGAUGCUAUGGAUGGGACGGAUCCAUCGCUGGACCUGCCCAACCUGCAGCGCCAACCACCAAAGGUUGCGUUCUUGGAGAAGCAAUCGGGAUUUGCAUGGCACGCGGGCAUGCUUCUCCCAGGCGCCAGGAUGCAGAUUACUUUCAUGAAAGAUAUGGCGACGCUGAGGAACCCGCGAAGCGAGUUCACGUUCAUAAACUACCUGCACCAGAAGGAUCGUUUGAUCGAGUUCACGAACCUAAACACUUUCCUUCCACAGCGAGUCGAGUAUGAGGAUUACAUGAGAUGGUGCGCCAGCUGGUUUGAAGAGGUAGUCCAAUACGACCAGGAAGUGGUCAAGGUCAUGCCGGAGAAAUCGGCAAGCGGCAACGGUGAAAUCAAGACGUUUGUCGUCACGUCCCGCAACUUGCAGACAGGCCAGAUUGAGUCGAGGAGAACGAAGCACGUGGUGAUUGCUGCAGGAGGCAGGCCGAACCUCCCUCCCCCUUUCCCAAGCAACCAUCCUAGAGUCAUCCACUCGUCCAAGUUUCACUACAUUUCGAGCAAGAUCUUGACCGACUACCAAAAACCCUACUCAGUUGCCGUCGUCGGAAACGGACAGAGCGCAGCAGAGAUCUUCGACUUCCUUCACACGCACUACCCCAAUGCUCGAACAAGGCUACUCAUCAAGCAGGGCGCACUACGUCCCAGCGAUGACUCCCCAUUCGUCAACGAGAUCUUCAACCCCAGCCGCGUAGACAGCACCUUUCACCGCGAGCCCACCCUCCGCACGACGGCCAUCGCCGACGACAAAGCGACAAACUACGGCGUCGUGCGUCUCCCCCUCCUCGAGCACAUCUACGAAACGCUCUACCUGCAGCGCAUUACCCACGGUAACACGCCCGCGGCAGAGAAGAGCUGGCCCCACGCAAUCCUCCCCUACCGCCUCGUAACCGCCAUCCACGACUCGCCCGCGAUCCCGUCCGGCCUCCGCCUGACCAUCCACGACCGGAGUCCGCUGUAUCUCUCCGACACGCCGAACGCUGCUGAGCGCACAGAAACCCUAGACGUCGACGCCGUGUUCGUGGCUACGGGGUACAAGCGCGAUCUCCACGAGACGCUGCUCGCGGACAGCCGGCAUCUGAUGCCGGGCGGCGACCUCAAGGACGCGCAGUGGAGCGUGCAGCGCGACUACCGGGUCAACUUUGCGGAUAAGGCGAUUGGGGCUGAUGCGGGCGUGUGGCUGCAGGGGUGCAACGAGCAGACGCAUGGUUUGAGCGAUACGCUGCUUUCGAUUUUGGCGAACCGGGGUGGGGAUAUGGUGAAUGCGAUUUUCGGGGGAAAGGGGAAGGGUGGGUUUGAGGAUAGGCGCGGGUAUGAGGCGCGUGCGUAGAAGGACGAGGGUAGAGGGAGGUGUGGUGUGAGCGUUGUGCAAAAAAUCAGGGUCUCAAGAAUUCGAAUCGUACGUUUAAAUGCAUUGCAACUGGUGUGUUCCGGAGGUUGGUGGCUGUCUGAUUCGUGAUGCUAGUGCAUGGUAGUCCAAAUGGGAGCGUGAGCACAAUGUGCAUUGCAAUGG